CUUUUCAUUUCAUUCUUUCACUUUAAAUACCAAAUUAUCUCUCCAUCGGAUCUUCAUCUUAACAACAUUUCAACCACUUUAAAUAUCUCUCUUAACCACCGUGCCGGAAAUUUCGACCACCUAGUUCCGGUAACCGGAACUCACUUCAUUUCCGUUCUUCCUCUGUAGUAUCUGAAAAUGAGUUCAGAAUUGACUUUCAGAGGACACGAAACUCAACAAGUCAACGACGAAUACUCACCAAAACCAAACAAACCAUGGCUCUCCGUAAUUCGUCCGAUUCGUUACAUGCUUCGUGAACAACGACUCGUUUUCGUCUUGAUCGGAAUCGUCAUCGCAUCCGUAUUCUUCACAAUCAUACCUUCAUCUUCAACUUCUUCAUCCUCCUCAUUCUCAACCCGUCCAUACGAAUCAGACUCGAUCUCGUACUUCGACCGCGAGUCAAAGACCACACCUGCAGUGUAUAAGCAACGCGCCGCCUCGGUGGUUCAUUCGUCCGGGAAGAUUCCGUUGGGGAUAAAAAGGAAGGGGCUGCGGAUCGUGGUGACUGGUGGAGCGGGAUUCGUUGGGUCCCAUCUAGUGGAUCGGUUGAUGGCGAGAGGGGAUAGUGUGAUUGUUGUUGAUAAUUUCUUCACCGGUAGAAAAGAGAACGUUAUGCAUCAUUUUGGUAAUCCGAGAUUUGAGCUUAUUCGACACGACGUCGUUGAGCCUCUUCUUCUUGAAGUUGAUCAGAUCUAUCAUCUUGCUUGUCCUGCUUCUCCUGUUCAUUACAAGUUCAACCCCGUCAAAACUAUCAAGACGAAUGUGGUCGGAACAUUGAACAUGCUUGGAUUGGCGAAAAGAGUUGGAGCUAGAUUCUUGCUAACAAGUACAAGUGAGGUUUAUGGUGAUCCUCUGGAGCAUCCUCAGAAGGAGACUUACUGGGGAAACGUUAAUCCAAUUGGUGUCCGAAGCUGCUACGAUGAGGGAAAGCGUACGGCUGAGACAUUGACUAUGGAUUAUCACAGAGGGGCCGGUGUAGAGGUUAGAAUUGCUAGGAUCUUUAAUACAUAUGGACCCAGAAUGUGCUUAGAUGAUGGACGUGUCGUUAGUAACUUCGUUGCUCAGGCGCUGAGGAAGGAGCCUUUGACAGUUUAUGGGGAUGGGAAGCAGACUAGAAGUUUCCAAUACGUCUCUGACUUGGUGGAGGGUCUAAUGCGCCUUAUGGAAGGGGAACAUGUGGGGCCGUUCAACCUUGGAAAUCCUGGUGAAUUUACCAUGCUGGAACUUGCCAAGGUGGUCCAAGAAACAAUCGACCCAGAUGCAAAGAUAGUGUACAGAGAUAAUACAGAGGAUGACCCACACAAGAGAAAGCCUGAUAUUAGCAAUGCUAAGGAGCACCUUGGCUGGGAACCCAAGGUGGACCUGCGCAAGGGUCUCCCACUAAUGGUUUCUGAUUUCCGACAACGCAUUUUUGGUGACCAUAAGGAAGGUGGAUCUGAUGCCUAAUUCUUGAUGGUGGUAUGUUUAUGUUAUGUGUACCUUAGAGAGUGAGAAAGUGAAAAAAUAUAGUCUGAGGAUAACAACAUUUAGGUGUUUUCCAUUAGUCACACAGAAGCAUAUGAGCUCCUCUUAAAUGUUCCUUUUGUUGUUCCUUCUCCCUCAAUCUUUCAAGAUUGAUUGAUAGCUAUAGCCAGCCAUGAUUUCAUUUAUCAAUUUCCUGCCAUCUAUAUAAUUCUAUCUCUAUUUUUUUGGAUGUAAUUGGGUAUGUAUAAGUAACUACAGUUAUAUUAUUUCAACAUUUUACCUUAUUCUA